UCGCAUUGGGCGGCAGGCAUUACUUUGUUCAUACGAAUAGAGAACUCAGAACUGAGAAGCAAAUAAUGCGAAGAUGAGAUUACUUUUCGCAACUUUCUUCUUGUCAGGUGUUCUGUCAGCGCCGUUUAGCAACGUGCUGAAUCAACCAGCCGCACCAGUAUGCAGAAGCCAUGCGACUCAUUUUCACACGAGAAAGAGUCUAAUGUACUCCUAUGAAGGAGAGACUAUCACGGGUUUAGUCGGCACUUCUGAAGUGCGUUCUGGGCUCAAACUGAAAGCAAAAUGUGAAAUAACACCCGUGCAACCAUGCGUGUACAUGCUUCAGAUACUUGAAGCCGAGCUCCUGGAGGGCCAGGGCAAGAACCAAGAUGCUUUAGAUUUCAAGCUUUCUUCAGGAAGCGAAGAUCUAAGCCGAGAGCUUAAGGCUCGAGAAUUGUACUUUGAAAACCACGAAGGGUUGAUUCUAAAUAUCCGACCACAUUCUGAAGAACCAGUUCGUAUUCUGAAUAUGAAACGUGGUAUCCUCAGCUCAUUUCAACUGAAACUUAAUGUUCCCAACGACCGCAACUUGACUGAGGUUGACGUCAACGGAGAAUGCACCGCAAAUUAUCACAUCAAAGCUCGCCACGAUAGUGGUCGUACUAGGAUAGUUGUCAAGCAAAAAGAUCUGAGCCUGUGUAAAGAUAGAUCUGAAACCAAUCUCGGUAUCCCAGUGACACAUUAUUCCACCGACAAGCCAUUCAGUUUACUGAAAUCAAACAGUUUGUGUAAAUUUGUAAUGUCGCCAAAACAAAAGAUUGGUAAAGUACUUUGUGAAGAAACGCACUUGUUCCGACCUUUCUCAGCUGGAUACAACUCAUCUUCAGGAGCAAUGACAACAGUCAGACAAAGCAUUUCAAUGCUUGGUCACAGCGAGGCGAGUAAAAACCCAUCAGUACCAGAAACCAGAUCGAGUUUGAAGUACGAACACGUGGACGAUCCUGAAAUGACAACAAAAAGAAUCAAGGACGUAGCGGAUAUACUUACCAAGCUUGACGUAGAGGAGAUAGUAAAACCUGACACUGCAAGAUUGUUUACCAAACUGAUUUUUGCUAUCCGACGAUUGAAUUUGAAGGGAUUGGGUUUUAUGUGGAGUGAAUAUUAUGAUUGUUUGCAGGGUGGAAAAUGUACCAAGGAACAAAGUGAAAGAAACCAGAAAUAUAUUGUCGAAGCAUUGUCGCAAUGUGGUACCUUGCAUUGUGCAAAUUUUAUGGUAACAACUAUCACUGAGGGCAAAGUUGGUACGCCUGUAUCAGUUCAAUUCCUAACUGGUAUUGCAUUGGUUGGUAUGCCGAGUGAAGAUAUGGUUGCAAACAUUCUGUUUUUCUGUGAAGAAUCUCCAUCAAGAACAGCAUUCCUUACCCUGGGCACGUUAAUGAACAAAUAUUGCAGUCAACACUCUUGUGAUAACCUGGAUAAUAACAAUCAUGCAAUCUACCGAGCUGAAAGGUUUCUGCAAAGAAGGCUUCCUCCAAAUUGUCAGGCGUCAACUCAAGAAGAACUUCAGGAAAUCACUUUAGCGCUUAAAGCCAUUGGUAAUGCCGGCCGUCCGUACACUUCAGUAGACAACAUUUUGAAAUGUGCAGUUCAACCUGGACCAUCUUUCAUAAACAUUGAUGCUAUACAAGCUCUACGACGGAUGCCAUGCCAUGAUGAAAUGACUAGUGGAUUGGCGAAUAUCUUCAGUAAUCUAACAAUGGAUACAGAGAUUCGUAUUGAAAGUUACCUAGCAUUGAUGCGAUGCCACAAAGAGAACGACAUCCAGAGAAUUUCAGAUAUCCUCGAUACUGAAAAGAACAACCAAGUUGGCUCGUUUGUUUAUUCACAUUUGACUAGCGCUCUUAAAUCAACUGAACCAGUAUACGGAAUCCCACUUCGCGACGCAAUAUCCAAAGCACUCCAAGGACGAAAUCUUCGACCAUUCAACCUCGACCACUUGCGGUUUUCUCAUGCAUACGCAGCAUCCUAUUAUAACAAGAAAUACGAUGUUGGUGGAUCAAGUCAGGCUCAGGUUAUUUUCCAUCCAGAAAGUUAUUUCCCACGUAGUGCCAAGUUAAACCUCACAGUUGAUAUGCUGGGAGCGUCGGUUAAUUUGCUCGAGACGUCAGCGAGGUUCGAGGGUUUUGAAACUUUAAUUGAACGAAUGUUUGGACCCGAAGGCUAUUUCCCUGAUGACCGCCUCAUGCAAAUGUUAAUGAUGAAACCAACAGAAGCAAUUUCUCGAGACAAACGCAGUGCUACUGAAGAUGAGAUGAACGAGAUUAAGGCAAAUCUGGAACAGUUAAAAGACAAGAUGAAAAUUGAAAGAAAAAAUCCAACUGGUGCUCUCUCUUUGAAAGUAUUUGGUCAUGAGUUACAGUUCUUGAAUUUUGAGGACAUUGAUUGGCUACAGGGGGAAGCUGACAAAAUCAACGUUAUUGAAACAUUAAUUAACAUCGCGCGCGGUGGUAAAGUUACCUACACUAAGAGCUUUAUGUUACUUGAAGCAGAUCAUGAGAUUCCAACUGGUCUUGGAUUUCCGCUCAAGUUAGCUGUCAAUAGCUCGGGUGUUAGUUCGGUGACAUUGAAGGGAAAGCUUGAUAUCCGUAAUAUGUUCUGGGGAAAGAAGAAGUUUGAUGUACGAGGAUUUGUCACUCCAAGCGCAACUGUUGAUAUUUCGGGUAAAAUGACUGUGGACGCACUUCAUGCAACAUCUGGUGUUCACGUGAAUGCAUCACUUUAUACAUCAACUGAAAUUAACGGAAAUGCGACGUACAAGGAAGGGGAAGGAAUCAAAUUUAGCAUUGAACCGCCGUCCAAGCCCAUGUACAUCGUGAAUGUUAAGUCAAACUUGGCGACUUUCUUAAACGAGAAAAGAGAGAAGAUUUCCGGUCCUCCAAAGCGAUUUGAGCACAAGAACUGUCUAAACCUAACAAGAUUUUUGGGUGUAAAUCUUUGUGGACACAUUUCCCUUCCGAUGGCAUAUCGUGACUACAAUUCACCAUAUUUCCCUCUAAGCGGAGAUGCCUCAUUCGGAAUGGUCUUCCAUACUACCAACCCAAAACUCGCAAGGUUUGAAGUGGAAACACGCAGGUUGACAAGUGAAGACGAGAAUCGUUUUGACUGGAUUUUCAAUGUGCACGUUCCGGGUCUAACAUUCGGUCGGAAAGUGGUUGGGAACUCCUCAUUUCAAAUCUUGCCCGAUGGUAAAUAUCUGAGUGUAUCGGGUGGUAUUCAAGACUACAAGUUUGGUAAAUUUGAAGCUAAAUACAACAAUGAAACAAACAGACUCCAUACAAAGUUUACAACCCCCAAAAUGGCCUUUUUACGACCAAUUACAGUUGAAACAGAGAUCUUUAACACUAAAAACAACGAUACAAAAAUUCAAGACAUCGGAAUUUCCAUCAACGCCUCCUACAAUAACUUUACCAUCACAGACGUGCUUUCGUUCCAUAAACACAAAGAUCGAUAUGGAGUAAAGAGCAAGUUGACAUACUGGCCUGAAAAACACAUCACAACUGAAGCUCAGUUUUCGUUGGAGAAAAGAAGCUUGUUCAUGAAAAUGGAUGAUUCCGGCAGUACGAGUAGGCUUUUCUUUGCAGGCAAGUUUGGAGAUGAUAGAAGCAGCUUUUAUGCCAAGGUGGGAAAUGAUCUCAUGAAUAAAGAGUUGAAAAUUGACGGCAAACUUAACGCGAAGAAUCAGAAAUUACUCAUGACGAUUGUAACGAAACCAUCUUGGAAUGUGGUACAGUUUGAAGCAUAUCCCAGAUCAAACCUAUUAGAAAAUGGAUAUCACAUGCGCCUGUCACAUUUUAAUUCAUCGUCAUAUUUGAAUGGUUAUCUUGGUUCUUUGAAACUGAAGAAUGAAUAUACACUGAAGUUCAAUGGAGUAUUCAUGAAACGACCGUUCUUAUUCCGUACCAGUUAUCAUCGUUCUACCAGUGGAAGAAGACUUGAAUGGGUCGCUCAAGGAUUCGGUAACGUGGCUAACGCAUCAAUUGAAUAUUCAAAAAAUAUUUGGUCGAAUAGUAAUCUUGAGUUUUCUGGCGCGCUCAACAACAAUACCAUAAAAGCUGGGAUGUUUUUGAAAGAGGCAGGUAUCGGUAUGUAUUUGAAUCGUAACACAAUCGAAAUGGAAGCUCAUUAUAAGAAUGAAGAGAAUGACAAACAAGUGGGAAUCUUACUUCAUACGUAUAAUGAAACGCAAAUCAAGAAGAGGGCAUUGGUUAGGCUCGAAUAUGCCACAAAAGACCAGGAAACAAGCGUCGCAUUUAAACUUGAUGGAUGGGAGUCGGCAUGCCAUUUAGUCUUCUCUCAUUAUCGUCAAAGCAAUGAAAAUGGACUAAAAAUGAAUGCACAUUAUUGGAAUGGAUUGUUAGUGAGACGGGUGUUGAUGCAAACCGGUAUUUUCAGAAACAACGACGAAAAAGGACUGCGCGUUUAUGCUAAUAUUCUGAAUAGAGAAUUAGAAGCUAAAUGGAGCAUUUUGUCUGGGGAUGUGUCUGGUGUGAAAUUUGCUGCUUUAUUAAUGAAGAAAGAACUAUCCUUACAAUCAACAUGGGCGGCUAAUAGUCUUUUGAAGGAAUUGAGAGUUGAUGCAACCUACAAUAAAAAAACAUAUUCUUUAGUAUAUACCUACAAACCACAGGACAAAUACCUUUGCUCUGCAAUCGUUGGCUUGCCAGUCGGGCGUUUGGAAACAUGUGUCCAGCUUGUUAAUAAUAUUCAAGAGAGGUCAUUACGUUUCGUGCUUGAAGGAUUUGAGAAAACAUUUGAAAUGAAAACAGGUUGGACCAAUAGCACCGAAUCAAAAGGAGCCAUACUUCAGAUGAGCUACAACCGUGUUCAAAUUUCUGAUUUCUUUGCUGGGAUUGUAACUCUUCCGUCCUACACAGGAUUACGUCUCAAAGGAACUGUCAAAGAAAAAACUGUCGAAGCCUUGCUCAAGUAUAAACAUCAAACAUCGGCACGUUCAGUUAGUCUCGACCUUAGCGUCCAGGGAAAACUCGUAACGUUUGAAAGUAUGUUAGUCCGUGAGCAAACUUUGCAAGGUGUGCAAAUGAACAUGAUCUAUCAAACCAAACGUAUCGGUCAAUUGUUCGCUCUUCUUCAUAAGAAAUCGUCCAACCACGAAUUAUUUAAGAUUGGUGGUAAGGCAAUGAAUUAUGGAGCUGAAUACCAUCUUUCUCUCUUAAAAUCCAAAUUAGAGAGAAAACUUUCGUCCAUGGUUGUUAUCACGGCUCGUUCAACGCACUACAAAUACGGAUACUCUGUUUCUCACAGUAACAUGGGGACAAACGAUCAACCAAACCAUAUCCUUACUUUCAAGUUACACUACGCCAAAGACAAAUUCCUCACAUCUACCUACCAAUUCGUCAACACCGACCAAAACUUCAACCUCGUAUCGAAAAUGGAGCUUGCUCCUGGACAAUUCCUUACAAACAAGAUUGUGUACCAUAAAACAAACCGAAAGCUGUCUAUCAAGUAUGAGUUAUUGCCUGGUAUUGGAAUGACAUACAACGCGGCAUUCAUUAACAACGAUCAAAUCACGAGUGUGCAAUCAAACUUGACUAUCAUGGAUUACCCAAUAGAUGGUUCUGCUUUGUACAGCAAACAAAACGGACUUUUCACCUUGAAGAUGACUUAUGGCUCUGAUCGUCCACUGAUUGAAUUCACCAGCCACCUACGAAGACAAAACGGAAUCGAUUUCGGUUAUACAUUGAUGGCACUUAAUAGGAUUUGGAACAACACGUUCGUCAUGGAUUACCCCUCAAAACAACUUCAAUUAAGUUAUGAUAUUCUGCCCAACAUCCCGAUUAAAAUAUUUGGAAAGAUGUUUGAAAACAAACAGUUUGUGUUGAAUAUGACAACAAGUUCAGCAUUUUCUAUUGAGUUGACGGGCACUGCGUUGAACAAAGAUGAAUACCAACUUGUUUUAAAGCACGAAUUCAUGGGGACCAUGUAUGAAGACUUGGAUUUGUUAGUUAGUUCUCUUCAACAUCUAAACAAAUUACGCCUUCAAUGGGAAUCUAAAGCGGGAAGAGACUUGUUGAAAAACAUGAAUGGCACCAUGGACAGACUCUUGAACAAAACUCUUGCGAGAUUGUCCACAUUGGGUGAAUUGGCUCGUGAAUUGGUAAAUUACACUGUGAACUUCCUGCGUAAUGAUGGACGAGACAAACUCUUAACUUUGGUGAAUAAAGUGAAGAAAGAAAUACUUUUCCUGAAAGACCAUUUGCGUACAUUGGAGAUGAAUACCAUCAAAACGUACUCCGCUCGUGCUGCCCAUUUACUGAAGAAAUUAAAGGAGGAUGUUCUAGCUCAGCUUGCCCAUGACAUGAAACUCCAAGGUUCUCAAAUAAUUGAUACUUAUAAGUACAUCUUGCAGUCGAUUGAAGAUAUUUCAUUCGAGCUUUCUCCCUCUACUAAGUUGUUCACAGCUGAUUUAAGAAAAUGGUUAUUACGGACAGUCCAUCGUUAUUUGAAUGUAUCCAUCUGUGGAGUGACUACUGUGGAAAUGAUUGAUUUGACGAGAGAGAAAACGCAUUUGUACUACACGAUGGUCAGAAACAAUAUCCAGAGAUAUCUUGAGUUGGGUAUGAUGGAGUGUCGAAAAUUGUCAACAGUUUUCGAGAGAAUUGAAAAUGUCACAAGAAUUGUUAAAGAAACUGUAGAAGAGUUUACCUGCAACUACACCCUGGAAUGCACUAAACGCAAUGUUCAAGAACGACUAAAGAAAUUAGCUGGUAAAAUUUCUCUGUACGAUAUCAAACAUGUCCUGACUGAUGAGCGCUUAAAUAAGAUUGUCGAACGAAUGACGCUAGCAUACAAAGAAAUAGAGAAUUAUUUGUCGAAAACAAUAAAGGACCAGCGCUUGCGAGAAAGAGCAAUGCGAGUUCUGCAACCAGUUCUCGACCUCCUAAAGACUACCACUCUUGCCAUAAAAAUGAAGAUUGAGCACAUCGCGAACAUCAACAAACUGAAGGAGCAACAAAAGGAACUUUUUAGAACCAUUGAAAAGUCUAAGGAGUACGCGACAAACGUAAAGACAAACCUCUUCAACAAAGUUGGCGAAGCCAGUGACUCGUUGUGGACGAAAACUACGCUCAUCUACCACAAAUUGAGAAAACUUUUGGAGGAACUUGACAGAAUGUCUUGGGAAGAUUUACAAGUAUACGCUAAGAAUGAGACUGAAAUUAACUUCGAGAAGCUGAAAGAGAACCUGAGAAUUCUUAAAAGAAACGUUACAGAAAUGGUCGAGUCUAGCCUAGAACGUCAUUCCGACAUUGUUGAUCUGGUGAAGAAGUUUGGUAAAACUAUUUAUACCGUUGCUAAUGAUAUAAUGAAUGGAAGCCUGACUGUACAGGAUGCUCAGGAGAAACUUGAACUGCUUUCAAUGAGGUUGAUGAACUAUCUGAAAGAACAGAAAUUACAGGCUAUGAAUAAAAUCAAAAAACUUAAACUUGAUGAAACUGCAAGGAAAACGUACAAAUCUGCCGUGGAGCUGUAUCGAUCAACAAUGAACCAAUUGAAGAAUAAUAUGACUUUGUUGUAUCCUAAAAUGACAAGUGAACUCAAGAAUGUUCUUCUGAAGAUAAAAGGAAUAAUCGUUAGGUUUGUUAAGUUGGCCAAAACGAAGUUGGUUGAUCUCUGCGAAAAGCGAUCAAUUUAUUUGAAGAAAGUUAAAGAUAAUCUGCUGGAGAAGAAAGAAAUUCUGAUGACAAAGGUGUAUGAAUUAUUAAAAAACAAAGACUUUGACAUUUCGUAUUUAAAAUAUCUGGCGGAAGAAAUCGUGAAAAUGGAGGAAAGGUUCCAAAACAAGCUGAAGCAGGCAAUUUCUGAAUAUCGCACUAAACUAGCAACGACAGUCGAGAAUGUGAAAAUGGAAAUCAACAACACUUUUAUAUUGUACCGAAAUAUGACCUUCGAGGACAUUUAUCUAAAAUUACAAGUAAAGGCGGGUGAAAUAUUCGACAAGCUUUCUGGAUUUAUCAUUGGCGAAACACUGUUCAGUUAUAAAAGGGUGAUGGAAAUUAAGGAACUGUAUCAAAGAAACAAAAGAAUGGUGGAAACAAAAUGGUUGGAGUUUAAAGCUGUUAUCCAGAACCUUAGACGGAAAUUUGGAGCCUUUAAAAUGGAGACCAUAAGAAAAAUAUCCAUGUAUUACCUUGAAAAGAAUCUUCCAUAUGCUCUGCUGGACUACUUUAAUGUUUCGCAAGCCAAAUUUGAGCAAAUGAAGCUUUGGUACGAACACGUGAAAUACAUUAAAUUUAGGGAUUUCUACAGAAAUGUUAUGGAUUAUCUUUUGAAAUAUGAAUUCAACGUGACAAAGUGUUGUGAAAAGAAAAUCAAAGCGUUGGUGAGGGAAAUCAAGGAGAUGAAAGUAAAACUAAAUGGUUUUAUAGCUGAAGUGAAAAAUGAAUCAAGGAAUAUUAUUCAACGAAUCAAGCAAGUCAAUAAAGAUGUAAAACAAGACGCAAUUGAGACCUUUACGCCAUACGAGAAACUACUCAGGAAUGUCUUUGGUAAACACAUGAAUAAGACCCUGACGAAACUCGAGCCAUUUACGGAAAAAUACGGAAAGAUGUUGAAGACUUUACUUACAGAGUACAAAAAUACGACUGAAAUGUUCAUGAAGCAAUGCGUGCAGUAUAUCCGCACGAAUUUGGAUAGAUAUGAAAUUUUAGAUAUGGUUAAUGCGUCCCUACAACGAUAUCCUUUCCUGAUGAAGUCAAAACAAUUCCUUACCAGAUCACUGAAAAAUUAUUCACUUAGUGUUAACGAAUGCUUAGAGUUCGUACGGAAAGACUUGUUAAAGUAUAUUGUCGAAUCUCUGAACAAAUUCCCACUCUUUUAUCAAGUUCGCACGCAUAAAUUAUGGCCUGCUCUGCAACAGGAAAUCCUAAACCACGAAUUGAUCGUCGGAAUCCAAGAAUUAAGAAAAACAUCUGAGAAAAUGUUAAAAGAACUACCAACAUACUACUACACUCAUUCGCUCUCUAAACUUCGCGAGUUGAGAGACAAAACGUUUGUUGGACUAGAACGGCUCAGGAAUGACCUGCUUGCGAAAAACGAAGAGAUGAAGAAAGCUAUCAUGGAAAAACGUGAGGAAAUCCACGAAACACUUCGUGUCGGUCACUCCAAACUUCGAUCACACGGCGAGAGACUGGUAGAAAAAACCCGUGAUUUGUACAAAUCAAAACAUAUGAAAUUACAAGAAACUCUCGAGCGCAUUGGCGAAAUGAGUAUUCAUGAUAUUGAAACGAGAAUCCGUCAAUAUUUAAACACUAUUUUCGUCCCAAUGAAAACCGCUUACACUGAUUUGUCUGAGCUCGUGGUCGCUGAACUUUUAGUACUCGAUAAACGCUAUCGUGAAAUGCUUGAACAAGUGAAUAAACUACGUAACCGAUACGAACAUGUGACGACCGAUGUUAAUGAAUAUGGAAUGCGUGCAUGGACUUGGAGCCAAAAUGAAUUUGGAAAGCUUAAAAACCUGUCGUUAAAUGGCUUAGAGAAAUUGGAAACGUGCACCAAUAAGUGCAUGGUUGUUGUUAGAAGAUUUAUCGUCGAGUAUGUUCCAUACAAGGAGUUCGUGAAAAUGACGCCAAAUCAACUUAUCGAAAGACUACGAUCAAUACCAGUUGAAGCCAAGAAACUUUACAAUUCAACAAGAACAAUCACUGUGCGAUGGAUGCAACUUUCUCUUCGAAUGUUGACAGAAUUAAAAAAUAACGUUGACCCAGAACAGAUACAAAUAAUGAAAGAGAAAGCUGAACGAUUACUGAAUAACACCCGCGAUCAAAUGCAUUUCCUAGCUACCGAGAUUAUGGAAACCACAGUGUUUAUGACAAAGUUUUAUGGAUCUGGGGAUACCGUAUACAAUGCACGCCCUGCUAUCGUUCAGUUCGCGAGUUAUCAACUACGGCGAUUCAUCAACUGUACACGAAUUUGUAAAGUGAGAGCAAUGAAGUUAUAUAACGAAUCUAGAGACAUCAUUGAAGGAAUUUUCACUAGAGCAAAUUAUACGUAUCGCAAAAGGUUCCCGCAACUCGUUAAAUUCAUCACCGAACUCGGCGAGACGAAACACCUACAAAAAUUACAAAUCGUAGCGAAGAAAUACCUUAAUAUAAGCGAAGAGUUCGUUGAAGAUGCUAAAAGGUUGGUUCAAAAUCGGUAUGGCACGAUUCUUGUUUAUUUGAGAAAUUUGAAAGCACAAUAUGAAACCAACGUCACAAAGUAUACUGAAAUUGUCUACAAACUCCCAGUUUUGGUAAAGAACGCCUUGGGUAAAUUGCCACUCAUCCUUGAUAUGAUUAAACGUGAUUUGAAAACUCUGAUAAAUGAUGCUGUGUCCAAGUUGGAUGAAGGCAAGCUUUAUCUUCAAGACGAAGUGUUCCUGAAAGUGACUCAGACCUACAUAGAGAAUGUAAAUACUUUGAAGAGGCAUUUUAUCCAGAUGAAGAACGAGACAAGUGAUGUAUUGGCCGCAAUAAGGGAAAACAUCAAAGAAGAAUUGCCUUUCAUUAAGAACACGAUCUUAAAUAUCACCAAAAUCAUUCGAGAAACCAAGAUCUCUGUAGUUUCGGGUAAACUUGAAUUGACGCCACCACGUUUAGAUGAACUUCGUGAAAACUUUUCCGAUCUGAAUACAAUGCUGUUGAAGAAAAUUACAGAAUGAUAUAUUCUAAGAUUGACA